AAACAAUUAACCGUGAAAUUUAAUUGUGUGGUCAGUUUGCACUAUAUAAACGGACCCAUUUUCGAUAUAUACAUUCAAUACAUUUUCUCUUUCUGCGCAAUACUGAACGUACAACACUCGGCUCCGACAAUGACAUCUGUAUGCGUUAUUUUCCUGGCAUUCAUCGCUGCUGUUUCUGCCGGAGUCAGCCGAAGUGACGUUCACUUCAACAUGGGUGGCAGUAGAAUCGCUUACAGCAUCAAUCACCGGCCGAAUCCUCACGGAGGGCCCAACGCUUUCGUUUCUGUAAGCCGAACAGAACCUGCCCAUCCUGUUCAAGAUUCCGUCCAUCAGACUCCAGUCCAUGUUCCCGUUCACGUUGCUGCUCCUGCUGCUCAUCAUCACGUUCCAGCUCCAAUCCAACCAGCCGCUGGCCUUCACAAUCCGCUUUUCUACGCCGAGCCUGGUCUUCAUCACAGCAGCCCGUUAAUGACUUUGCGCCAACCAAAACAUUAUCUAGACACUUAUUAUCCUUACUUUUACGCACCUUAUUACCCGCACGUUGGUCACCCAGGUUUCAUUUUGGUAGCGUGAGCAGCGAUAGCUUCUCGCUUGCCUCACAAUGUUUCACGAUACCAAAGCAAUCAUCAAUUUAACCGAAUAAAAACAGCAUUUUUGUUUUAA